AGGCCAUAAAUGGGAGGGAGGACAGGCGUUUGGAGGGAGAAAUUAGCCUUGCUGUCCUCAGCCAGAGCUGGACGCUGGUGUACAGACAUGUCUCUUGUCGCUGUGCCCUACUACCAAAAGCAGCACAAACACUUCGACCAGUCCUACCGCAACAUUCACACCCGGUACCUUCUGGACGAAUAUGCAGCGAAAAGGCGCGCGUCUACGCAGGCGUCUUCCGGGAGCGCUUCCGUCAGGCAGUCGUCCCGCGCGGCGUCCGGCCCGGCCGUCGGGGGCACCGUCUGCAGGCUCUGCGCCAAGAGGGUGGGCGCGGCGUUGCAGGAGGAGGAGGAGCAAGAGCGCCAACGAAGGUACCAGUCCGUGGUGGCUUCGUACGGGGAAGCCAAGCGGCAGCGUUUCCUCCGCGAGCUGGCGCAGCUGGAGGAGGACGUGCACCUGGCGCGCUCCCACGCCCAGGGCCAGCUGGACAAGCACGCUGUCCAGCACAUGGUGGCGGACAGGCUGGCCUGGGAGAGGUACUCGUUCAAGGAGGAGCGCAUGAGCAGAGCCCCCGAGAUCCUGGUGCGCCUGAGGUCCCACACCGUCUGGGAGAAAAUGUCUGUGAAGCUUUGCUUCACGGUGCAGGGCUUCCCCACGCCUGUGGUGCAGUGGUAUAAAGAUGGCAGUUUGAUCUGCCAAGCAGCCGAGCCGGGCAGGUACAGAAUCGAGAGCAAGUACGGCGUGCACACUCUGGAGAUCAACAGGGCAAACUUUGACGACACGGCGACCUAUUCAGCGGUGGCCACGAACGGGCUCGGACAGGUGUCGACCAACGCUGCGGUGGUGGUGAGAAGGUUCCGGGGAGACCAGGAGCCCUUCCGUUCCGUGGGACUCCCAGUCGGACUGCCCUUACCGUCCGUGAUCCCGUAUAUGCACUUUGACGUCCAGUUUUUGGAGAAGUUUGGGGUCACCUUCCGAAGAGAAGGUGAGACCGUCACCCUCAAGUGCACACUCCUGGUGACGCCGGACCUGAAGAGGGUACAGCCACGUGCCGAGUGGUACCACGAUGGCGUGCUGGUCAAAGAGUCUAAGUGGACCGAGAUGUUCUUCGGAGAGGGCCAGGCCUGCCUGUCCUUCAGCCACCUGAACAAGGACGACGAGGGCCUCUACACGCUGAGGAUCCUGUCCCGAGGGGGCGUCAGCGAGCACAGCGCCUUCCUGUUUGUCAGGGAUGCGGACCCGCUGGUCACAGGGGCUCCUGGUGCACCCAUGGACCUGAGGUGCCACGAUGCAAACCGUGAUUAUGUCAUUGUGACGUGGAAGCCUCCCAACACCACCACCGAGAGUCCCGUCAUCGGCUAUUUCAUCGACCGCUGUGAGGUGGGAACCAACAGUUGGGUUCAGUGCAAUGACGCCCCCGUGAAGGUCUGCCAGUACCCCGUGACCGGACUCCACGAAGGGAGGUCUUACACGUUCCGCGUGAGGGCGGUCAAUAACGCAGGCAUCAGCAGGCCCUCUCGAGUGUCUGAAGCUGUGGCUGCCCUUGACCCCAUUGACCUUGAAAGGUUACAAGCUGCCCAUCUGGAGGGACAUAAAGGCAUCGUGAUCUCUCAGGAUGAGCAGGAAGGCGAGGUUCAGAUUCCAGCACCUCCCACCAAUGUACACGCCUCGGAGAUCAGCAGAACACAUGUUGUCCUCAGCUGGGACCCACCUGCUCCCCGUGGCAAGGAGCCGCUCUCGUAUUUCAUCGAGAAGUCCAUAGUGGGGAGUGGGACCUGGCAGCGGGUCAACGCCCAGACGGCCGUGAGGUCCCCUCGGUACGCCGUCUUCGACCUUGCGGAGGGGAAGCCAUAUGUAUUCCGAGUUUUGUCAGCAAAUAAGCAUGGCAUAAGUGACCCGUCUGAAAUCACGCCCCCCAUUCAGGCGCAGGAUACAAUCGCCAAGCCGUCGGCCCCUGGCCGGGUGCUCGCGUCGAGGAACACCAAGACGUCGGUGGUGGUGCAGUGGGACCCGCCGAAGCAUGAGGAGGACCUGCUGGGCUACUACGUGGACUGCGCUGUGGCGGGGUCCAACGUCUGGGAGCCGUGUAACCACAAGCCCAUCGGUUACAACAGGUUUGUCGUGCACGGCUUAACGACCGGCGAGCAGUACGUCUUCCGAGUUAAAGCUGUUAACCCCGUGGGGACGAGUGAAAAUUCGCAGGAGUCUGACAUCAUAAAAGUCCAGGCCGCCCUCACCGUCCCGUCCCACCCUUACGGGAUCACGCUUCUGAACUGUGACGGCCGCUCCAUGACGCUCGGCUGGAAGGUGCCCAAGUACAGCGGCGGGUCGGCCAUCCUUGGCUAUUAUGUAGACAAGCGUGAGGCUCAGCACGAAAACUGGCAUGAAGUCAGUUCCUCACCCUUCAAAGAGCGGGUCCUGACGGUGGACGGCUUGACAGACGGCUCAUCAUACGAAUUCAGAAUUGCUGCCGCCAACGUGGCCGGAAUCGGGCAGCCCUCGGACCCCAGCCAGCUCUUCAAGUGUGAGGCCUGGACCAUGGCCGAGCCUGGUCCUGCCUAUGACCUGACGUUCUGCGAGGUCAGGAACACGUCGCUGGUCAUGCUGUGGAAAGCCCCCAUGUAUUCCGGCAGCAGCCCCGUGUCUGGGUAUUUUGUGGACUACAGGGAAGAAGAUUCUGGGGAAUGGAUCACCAUAAAUGAGGCACCGACUGCAAACCGUUAUUUAAAGGUCUGUGACCUGCACCAGGGUGGCACCUAUGUCUUCAGGGUCCGCGCUGUAAACGCAAGCGGGGUGGGGAAGCCCUCGGACACAUCUCAGCCGGUGCUCAUGGAGGCCAGGCCAGGCACGAAGGAGGUUAGCGCUGGGGUGGACGAACAGGGUAACAUCUACCUGGGCUUCGAGUGCCAGGAAAUGACGGAUGCCUCUCACUUCACCUGGUGCAAAUCCUACGAGGACAUUGCCGAUGACGGGAGGUUCCGCGUGGAAACUGCGGGGGACCACUCGAAGCUGGUCCUCAAGAAUCCAGGGAAGGAGGAUGUGGGCACCUACUCUGUGUCCGUGAGCGACACGGACGGCGUGUCUUCCAGCUUCGUCCUGGAUGCAGAAGAGCUUGAACGCUUGAUGGCGCUGAGCAACGAAAUAAAAAAUCCCACGGUUCCUCUGAAAUCAGAAUUAGCUUAUGAGAUCUUUGAUAAGGGCCAGGUGCGCUUCUGGCUCCAGGCUGAGCCAUUGUCAGCAAGCGCCAGCUACCGGUUUAUCAUUAAUGACCGGGAGGUCUCGGAUGGCGAGAAACACAGAAUUAAAUGCGACAGAUCAACGGGCCUUAUUGAGAUGGUGAUGGAUCGUUUCACUAUUGAAAACGAAGGCACGUACACGGUGCAGAUUAAUGACGGAAAAGCCAAAAACCAGUCUUCCCUGGUACUCAUCGGCGAUGCGUUCAAGGCUAUCCUGGAUAAGGCUGAAUUUCAAAGAAAAGAGUUUCUCAGAAAGCAAGGCCCUCAUUUUGCAGAGUACCUGCGCUGGGACGUCACAGAGGAGUGUGACGUGCGGCUCAUGUGUAAGGUUGCAAACACCAAGAAGGAAACAGUUUUCAAAUGGCUCAAGGAUGAUGUUCUGUAUGAAACUGAGAAGAUGCCUGACCUGGAGAGGGGGAUCUGCGAGCUGCUCAUACCGAAGUUGUCCAAGAAGGACUGCGGCGAAUAUAAGGCGACGCUGAAAGACGACCGAGGCCAUGAUGUGUCUGUCCUGGAGGUUGCUGGCAAAGUGUAUGAUGACAUGGUCCUGGCAAUGAGUAGAGUCUGUGGAGCAUCUGCAUCUCCACUAAAGAUACUCUGCACCCCAGAGGGCAUAAGACUUCAGUGCUUCAUGAAAUAUUUUACUGAGGAAAUGAAAGCGAACUGGUAUCACAAAGAUGCUAAGAUUGCCUCUAGUGAGCACAUGAGGACCGGAGGGAGCGAACAGACGGCCUGGCUGCAGAUCUGCGAACCCACAGAGAAGGACAAAGGGAAAUACACGUUUGAGAUUUUUGAUGGCAAAGAUAAACACCAGCGCUCACUUGACCUGUCUGGGCAAGCCUUUGAUGAAGCUCUUGCAGAUUUCCAGCAACUCAAGGCAGCUGCUUUUGCAGAGAAGAAUCGUGGCAAGUUCAUGGGCGGCCUGCCUGAUGUGGUGACCAUAAUGGAGGGCAAGACCUUGAAUCUGACAUGCACGGUGUCUGGAAACCCAGACCCUGAAGUGGUGUGGUUCAAGAAUGACAAGAACAUCGAGAUCAGCGAACACUUCUCCGUCAAGGUGGAGCAGGCCAAAUACGUCAGCAUGACCAUCAAGGGUGUGACCUCCGAGGACUCGGGCAAGUACAGCAUCAGCGUCAAGAACAAAUACGGAGGCGAGAAGAUCGACGUCACCGUCAGCGUGUACAAACAUGGGGAGAAGAUUCCUGAGGCGGUGCUGCCCCAGGAGGCCAAGCCGAAGCUCUUACCAGCCUCCGCCUCUGCUCCGGCCAAUUGAGGAGUGGCCGCCGGGAGCUGGAGAGAUGCCUGGCCACAGGAGUGUGGUGUGCCCACCCCAUGAGUGACUGCGUGGUGUUGAGCGUGGCCAGAGUGAUCCUGCGUUACACUUUUAAUUUUGCAUUUGGCUCUUAUUCUUUUAUUUCCCUUUAAGGGGAAAAGCUGCUGUUUUCCACAAGGCCAAAAUAAUGUGUGUGUGCAGAUACUCGACAGGCUGGGUCGGCAGGUGACAGCUCACAGUUUUGUUGGCGGUGGUGCCAGGUGGUUCCGUGCACAGCCACCUGCUCGUUGUUUAGAUUCUGCAGCUCAGGAAUCCUGGUUGUGGAGCCUUAAAAUCAUGUGUUGCCAGGUUACCCUCUCUUCUCUUGCUUGACAUGAAUAAAACUUUAAAAGCAA